GCAGUUGGAUUUUGGUGCUGCUCGCGCGAGGACGUCUCCUCUCCUUAAACUUCUGCUGGGGCUCUCUUCGAAGAGAGCGCUAAUCCUGCGAAGAGCGUCGUUUUUAAGUCGCGAUCAGAAACAACAGUAACCACAACCUGGUGGCCAGCAAUUCUUACCAGUUUUUAGAAAGAGCCACGAAAAAAAUGAAGUAGUGUGAAAUAUUAUAUUUUCAUUUUGUGUGUGCGUGUGUGUGCGGUUUUCCUUUAAUUUCGUUACACUUCUUUUUUUUUGCGAUUUUUGUUUAUGUGCCAAACUAGUUUCGAGUUCAUUGAAUUUGCGGCGCCGUUGUCAACCGAUCGUUGCUGAAAACGUUUUUCUUGCAGAAACAAUUAAAUGGCGGAGCAUGAUUUAACAAAUAUUUAUGCAAAUGCUGUACAAAAUUAAUUAGGACAUCUUUGCCAUUAACCACAAAUCAAAAUAUAUGGCAAACAAAUGUAUAGAAACUAGUGAUGAUACUCAUUGGAUAAUUUAAUUUAUUUAAAUUGCAUUGUGAUGGCUGCUUCAAAUUUCAAGCAACAAAUAAUCUUUGAAAUUGUGAUGAUUACUCUAAGAAAUAAAUCAUAGACUUUAAAAUACUUUUCAAUGCACAUUAUAACAUAGAAAUUCGGUAGUUGAAAUGCAUUUUCCAAUCACAACACACAUACUAAUCUGUACAUACACAAAAAAUAAAAAAUGUUUGCCAGUAUAGAUAUUAAAGUAACACAAAAUUAAAUAACCGAAAUCGAAAUGCCACAAAUGUGUACAACAAAAGCCACAAUUAAAUAGUAAAAAGCUGUGCAACCGGAAUACCGCAAAAAUUAAAGUGCCACAAAAAAAUGUCUUCAACCAUUUCAAUGUAAUGCCAAUUAAGCCAAAUUCGUAUUUAAGGCUCAUUUUCAAAGCUGCAAAAAUUCUGUGUGCAUGAGAAAAAAAGUUAUAAAAAUGCAAAGAAACCUAAAGAAACCGACGAGAAAGACACCAGUGGGCAUUCAAUAAGAUCGACAGCAACAUGAGUAAAACGACAUCAAAAACUGGCAACUGUCAGUAAACUAGUAGCCUGCAAAUGCACCCGCAGCGAAGAUCGGGAAAACAACUAAAAAAUAGCAAACAAAAAAAAAAAAACAAAAACUAAAUAAGUGUAUGUAUAGAUAAAAUGAAAAACAACAGCACUCCCUAGAGUUUAAAUUGCAGUUCGAUUUGCAGUCGUUGCCGGCGGCCUAAUUACGCAAUUAAAUUAUAUAUUUCGAGUGGCAUUUGGAGUGAGAAAAGUUCAGAGACCACAAAAAAGAAAAAAAUAAAAUAACCUAAUGCAAAACAACAGGCGGCUGGACCAUCAAAUCUGAUCGUAGAGCUUUUGGCGGAUCAGCCACACCAUGUGCCAUGGAGAGCCUGGGCCUGGGCAGCAGACGCAACAAUGGCAGCAACUCGACGGCCGCCCCCACGACGGGCCAGGGGGGCGUGGUUGGGGGAGGGGGCGUGGCCGGCAAGGUUUUGGUCCACACAAAGCUAAAACAGCAGCAGCAGCAGCAGCACUCGAAUCAGAAUUACUAUACGCAACAGCAGACGCAAUUGCAGCGACUCAAGCAGCAGCAGCAAAAGUUGCAGCAACAGCAGCAACAACAACAGCAACAGCAACUGGAGGCGGUGCACGGGGGCGUGGCUAAGCAGUGCCUGCAGUUUCCACCACCGCCGGACUAUCCACCACCCAUCACCGGUGGUGGUGGUUCGCCGGUGAACACAACGCCUGGCAGGAGACAGCAAUUGCCCCGGUAUCCCGAUCCCGAUCCGGAUGCCAUUGAGAUUUGCAAUGAAUCGGCGACCUUGGAGACAUCACCAUAUCAUCUCAAGCAGCUGGCGGCGCGGCAUAGCAAGACUUUGGGCAGGAAUCUCGGCCAUCAGCCGCACCACCAUCACACUGUCCACCUGCAUCAUGACUACUCGUAUGCCUACUACGAACCCGGUGCCGCCAUGAGGCACUCCAAUGUACCGGGUGCAGUUUCUUCAGGCGGCGGCGGAGGAGGAGGAGGCGCUGGACGAGUCUCGUCGGUGGUGGACACCAGCUCAUCAUCCUCCCCUACGGCUGAGCCACCACCGAACUCCAUUCGAGCGCUGCUCUCAAAGGGCAAGAAGAACAAACAGCUAGUGAGCCCGGCGACCUUGCAGUCCUACCAAACGCGCUACCACAAAUUGACCACCAAAUCGGGCAUGGGUCAGAGCGAGAACUUCUACGAGGAGAUCAAUGCGGCUGCCCUGCAGACCAGCAGCGGGCACCAUCUGCGAAGUACAGUGGGCUCCCAUUCGGCUGGCUCGCUCAAUCAGACGCUGGUGGAGGAGGAGCUGCGUCGAGUGCAGAACAGACACCACAAGAUAUUGGGCGAACUCAAUUUGAGUGUGGAGGCCAUGCUGAUGCCGGAGAGUCCGCCCAAGUCUAUAGACCAGCAACCGCUGGGGUCAGGAUCGGGGGGAUCUGGCGGAGCUGAGGCCACUCCACCGCAGCCCAGUGUGAGCGUAACGGCAGCCAGUGGCCAACCGCCGACGAUUUUGGCCCGACUGACCUCCGCCUCGGCGGACAACAUCUGUGAUAGCGGCGGUGAGGCGGGGAAAAGGACCAAAACAGCUCCUGGCUGUCCUGGCGGCGGAGUGGAGCAGCUGCUGACCACCACAUGCGGCGACUUGGACAGCGGUUUUAGCGGCAGCAGCGGUGCCAGUUACAUUGGCAGCCUUCGUCUGAGCAAAACGCAGCACAUCAAGUGCGCCCGCCAAACGCCCACCGUGGGCACACAAAGCUGUCGUUCGUUCCAGCGAGCGGCCACUGUAUACGAUGAGGCUGGAAUGAGUGGUGGUGGUGGCCAGAGCGGCAGCAGCUUCCUUACGCGAGCCUCGUGUGGUCGCAGGAUACUUAGCUGCGCCAGGAUACGAGCCGCCGAGGAUCCGGGACCCAAUCACCGGAUUGCAGGCGGCAAUGGCAUCCAAACGGUUCAGACCACCGCAACGGAAUCGAAGGCAAGGAGCUUCUGGAGUCGCAAAGGAUGGCGGAAACUGCCGGGUUUCUCCACCUCAACGUCGAGCAUCAAUGAUACGGGCUUAUCGGAUGAACAUAAAUUGAACUCCGGCUCAUGGGAGGACACCUUGGACGAGCCCCAUCACCACCACGCGCAUCACUCGCACCACCAGCAGCAUCUGCACCAGCACCACUCGCACCUCAGUCAGCGACACCAGCAGCAGCAGCAGCAGCAGCAGCAGCUGCAGCAGACCUCGUUCAUUGGAUCACCGCCGUCCAGUGCCAGCAUCACCACCGCCCAGCUGCACAGUGCGUUUAGCCGGAGGAUUGCCGAGCAGCGGGAACGAGAUCAGCGUGACCAGCGGGAUCAGCGGGAAGCAGUGGGCUGCACCGCAGCCACAAUUGCCGGCGGAAGCUUCAGCGCCAACGGUGGCCAGGCUGCCGUUGGUGUCGGCGUUGGUAGCAGCAGCAGCUGCGGCAGCAGUAGCGAACGGGACACCAAAUCGCCCUGCCGCGAACGGGAUAGGAAUCUCGAGCGGGACAGAGAUCGCGAGCGGGACAAGAACGACGAUCUGGGCGAGGAGGAGGUUCUCACCGAGGAGGAGCAGACCAGCAGCAGCGUGAGUUCGCUAAGUGCCGGCAAUCAACGCAAUUCGCAAUUGCGUUCCACCUUCAACAAGGCCAAGCAGCAUUUGUCGUUUGACAAAUGGCGCACGGCCGCCACCGGAAGCGCAACAGGUUCCGCAUCCGGCCCAGGAUCAUCAGCCACUGAUAGCAACAACGCCGCUAGCAACAUGAUUAUGCGACGGGCCAGUGCCUGCACAAUGCCAUCGAGUGGCGGAGGAGGAGGAGCAGGUGUUGGUAGUUCCCAGAGAGAGGAGGCCACCACACCGGGUGAAUCGCCCGGAGGACGCCUGUCCCGCUGGUUUUCCAUCAGGCGCGGCUCAUCGCACCAGUAUGACGUUGGAGGACGCGAUGGACGCCACUCGACCGCCUCCAGUUUCGAUACGCCCGAUUCGGGUUCGGGAAAUUCACCGAAAAACGGAUCCAAUGCGGUCGCUGGAACCGGGGGAGCAGGAUCCCAAGGAGUAGCGCUGGACGCAGCUUCACCACAGAAAUUGGCCAAUUUGGGAGCCAGCAAAAUGAUGCCCGGAGUGCCAGAGUCGGAGGAUGACGAGGCGACUGCCAAUCGCUUCGAUGUGGACCUUAUGAUGACGCCUGGCAGUCGGGCCAAUGGAACUGCUCGAACCGCCCACAACCGGCUGAUUGUACCCAUGUUGCCGCCCGCCCCCGCAGGACUGUCCCAGCAACAGCUGAAGAGGCGCCACAUUGUGGCAGCCAUUGUGCACAGUGAGAACUCGUAUGUGGCCACCCUGCAGCGACUAGUCAAUGAUUACAAGAAACCGCUGGAGGAGUGCAGCCCGCCAGUCCUGAAUCCGGUGAAGAUAGCCACCCUGUUCCAUUGCCUGCCGGACAUCUUGCACUCGCACAAGUUGUUCCGGAUCUCGUUGGCGGAGUGCGUCCGGAACUGGGAUCGCGAUGAGAAGAUCGGCGAUUGCUUUGUGAGCGCGUUUGGAAAGCCGCAGCUACUAGAGAUUUACUCCGGUUUCAUCAACAACUUCUCGGCGGCCAUGGAGCUGGCCAAGAUGGAGGAGAAGCGCAAGUCGGCACUGGCCGAUUUCUUUAAGGUCAAGCAGAUCAGUGCCCACGAUCGGUUGUCGUUUUUCGGACUGAUGGUGAAGCCGGUGCAGCGUUUCCCCCAGUUCAUCCUCUUCCUGCAGGAUCUGCUGAAAUACACGCCACAGGGCCACCACGACAGAAUGUCGCUGCAGUUGGCCCUGUCGCAGCUGGAACUCCUGGCGGAGCUCCUCAACGAGAGCAAACGGGAGGCGGAGCAGUACCAGGCCUUUAAGGAGAUGCUUGGCCACAUCUCGGGCACCUUCAAUGCCCGAUCCCUGAGUUUGAGCAGCGUCAGUGUCAGCGACUCUGCCGGCGGCCAUCGGCCGAGGUACUUACUCCGCGAGGACAACGUCACCCAUAUGGAGUUCAACCAGGCCGGUUUCAUUGUCAAGUGCAAGCAGCGGCGGCUGCUCCUGCUCAACGAUAAGGUCAUUUGCGUGUCGGUGGCGCCCAAGCAGUCGCACGAUUUCGGGGCCACCGAGAAACUCACCUUCAAGUGGAUGUUUCCAGUCAACGAUGUCGAGAUUGUGGACAACAGCACGUCGGCCACGCUCUCGAGGAUUCUUACGGCGGGUCUCAACCGCGGCGGCAGCUUGAAGUCCAAUGGCAGCAGUGGUGCCAACGGCAGCCCGUAUGCGAAUAGUACUCUUCCUGGACAUGGAGGUGGCGUGUCGGGCUUCUCCGGCUUCGGGGAUCCGCACAGCUCGCCAGCCGCACAGCUGACAAACGGGGCGGACAAUUUGUGCAGCGAGAUGAGCACGCUGAUGUAUGACUACGAGGUGAUUUCUCGCAUUCAGGAUCUAGUUUCCAGUUUGAAGGGCAGCUACAAGGAGCUAAACGCGAAUACCACGCGCAACGUGCUCAAUCUUAUCCAAGGCUCCAUCCAGCGCAAGGACGAGGAGAUGGCCUGGGUGGACUCUUGCUGCCUGCAGCUCAUUGGACGACACAAGUCCGGCAAGGAGGAAACCUUCACAUUCCAGACGCAGACGCCUGCGGUGAAGAAGGAGUGGAUCACAGAGUUGCGUCUGGCUCAGCUGGCCCUCGAUCCGAACAAUUCGCCAGCCUGGGAACGUGGUGGCUCCCAUCCUCAGCCCGCCCAUCAUCACCCACAUCAUCAUCCGCUGCAGCAUCCGCAUGCGGGAGCUGGCGAUCCCCGCCAGACGCAGGAGCAACUGCAGCUGCAGGAGGCCGUACAGCAGAAGCAGUCGCGUAAAAUGCCGCUCUUUGUCAAGGCGAUGCCUGUCUACAAAUCACAGCAUCAAACCGAGGUGCGCUGUGGAUGUUACUACAGCAUCGCCAAUGACACCAAACAGAGCGGAAACGCGCGACGCCGGCACAAGCAGCUCAAUUACCUGUGGAUGUGCAGCAGCGAUGGCACCUCCUCGCACAUCACCGUUUUAGCCCAACACCCUCAGCAGGCGGGCAAUCUUCGCGAGGCGGGUGCCUUUGACCUUUUUGAGACCCAGGUCUCUGCGUUGGAGUUCGUCAAGGGACUGGAUCAGCUGAAGUCGCGAGAUGAGCCGGCCAGUCUGCUGGGCGAUCUGGUUUGGCUGGGCACGGAUAGCCGCAAGAUUCUGAUCUACUCGGCACGGAAUCCCGAGCAGGAGGAGCAGCUGGGAAGCUAUUCGGUACCGGGAGCAGUUCAGCGAAUCCUUUAUCACUUCGAUGCGGUUUAUGUGGCUCUUUCGGGAGCCACGGUGCUCAUUUUCCGCAGAGGAAACGAUGGCGUUUGGCAGUUGCGAGACCCGCAGACCAUCCGUCUCGGUGACACCGAUCUGGUGGUGCCCAGCCUUUUGCCGAUCAACAUGUGCAUCUACGCUUCGUGCGGCAACCGAGUGUACGUUAUGAACGCCCUGAACGGCGAGAUCCAGCGCAGCUUUGAAGUGCAGCACGGGGCCACUCAGCAGGUGAAUCUAAUGGCCCACUCCGGCAUCGGUUUGUGGAUCUCGCUGAAAAACUCGACAAUGUUGUGCCUGUACCACACGGAGACGUUUAAGCAUCUGCAGGACAUCAACAUAGCAUCCAGUGUACUGCGACACGAUGGCAAAAAGGAGCAGCCGCUGAACAAUAGCUCGGUGUAUGUGACCGCCCUGAUGGCCUGCAAGGGUUUGCUGUGGGUGGGCACCAAUGUGGGUAUUGCGGUGACCAUUCCACUGCCCCGUCUGGAGGGAGUGCCCAUCAUCAGCGGUGGAAUCAACAUGUCCUGUCACGCGCACUUUGGACCCAUCACCUUUUUGUUGCCACUGAUUCCAAAGGUUUAUCCCGCCUACAAGCCACCGACCGUGGGUGCAGCUCCAUUGGUACCCAGCAUGGGAGAUGACCUCCAGCUGCCGGCCAUUGAUGCGGAUCCAAAGAUCCAGGAGUUGGACGACGGGGCCGUGGUGUUGCGUCGUGACCUUGCUAAGGAAGAGAUGUCGUCCAGUAAUCCCGGAGCAGAUUCAACUGCCUCAUCACCGCGCAGCUCCAAACUGGACAAGCAGAAUUCGCUGGACCAGAGUUUUACUGCAAAAAUACGCGCUUCGCUGGCAAAUUCGCCGGCUUUCCACCGCAAGCGUUUCCGCGAUGAUCCGAAUAGAAUGUCCAAAACUUUACCCCGUGGCCUGGGAGCCGCGGCAGCCGGCAGCGGAGCAGGAGGAGCAAGUGCAGCAGGAUCGGGAACAGCCAGUGGUAACACUUCGCAGCAUGGCGAGCACGGUAUCUGCGACGUUUACGGCCUGUAUGGCAAGCUGAUAUUCGUGAAGGAGGACUACGAUGCGGAGGAGGGCAAUCAGGGCAACCUAAUGGACAUGAUGUAUGAGGGUAUGAGACGCUCUGAUCCAGAAUUGGCAGCUAUACCCGGCAAGGUGUGCACCCUGGAUAGACGUUUGCGCAUGAAGGCAUCGCGACCAAGGUCGUUGGACCUCUCAAACUGGUCGGUGGACUCCAAGUCCUCCAGUCUGUAUACAUCGUCGGGCAGCGAAGAGAGCAUGGGCAUCCGGCACUUUGGCGGACGUUCUGUGUCCCGCAACAGCAGCAGUGCCAGCCACAAGACAUCCGGCACAGGCAGUGAUCUGGGCAACAUAUCAGAGAACGGCCUCAUGACCACGGCGGACAUCCAUCACCAUCAGCAGCAGCAACAGCAGCUGAAUAGCUCCGCCAAGCCAGAUGAGAUGAGCCGACUCGGCGCAGGGAACUCGGGACUGGACAAGCCAGCCGCCGCGGUGGCCACUUUAAAGCGAAAACAGAAGCAGAACUCCAAGCAGCAGCAGCAACAGAACGCCGACGGACCAAGGACAGUGAUCACCCUGAUGGGCGGACGCGGCUACUGGCGCCAGAUGUGGUACAACGGGGCGGGUGGUUCGCCCAGCCAUAAGAACAGCAGCUCCGGCGGCGGCGGAGGCAGUGGCUCCGGAUUCAGUGGCCAAACAAUGCAGUCGGGUAAUCCCAGCUGCUCACCGCUGACGGCCAACUCCAAUGACGCCCACAUCGUUGUCUGGGAGAAGAAGUUAUAAUCGCAGGAGCUGGUGUGCUGCUGCACCCUUCAGCAGCAUCCCCACCAGCACCAUCCACCGCUAACCGAGCUGUGGCGCCGCGUGGGCGAGCAGCAUCAGCAGCACCAGCAGCUGCAGCAGGCGCAGCGUCGUGGCCGUGGACGGGUCCGGUUCCGGGGAUCCUUUAUUCAGCGGGAUCGCAGUGCCGGCAGCGAUGGAGGAAGCGGUUACGGAUCAGGCGGAUUGUCAGGUGCUGGCGGAUCGGGGGGCAUGUUGGGUGCCAGUCUGAAGCGACUGACCAAGCUAAAGCGCGGCGGCAGCCUCAAGGAGUUCUAGAUUCGCGUGUACAUUGUUUUUCGAAAUUUAGUUUGUAGCACAUAGACUUACGUUUAGGCUCAAAAACCGGCGGCCACCUAAAUCACUUGAUUUCUUUUGCGCUUGUCGUAAGCCGGAAUAUCGAAUAUAUUUAUUAGCGCCCUGUUUACGAUUCCAAUCCGAAUCGGAGAACCAUUUAGCCCCAAAGCUCCAGUGUUUGCUAAACAAAAUAUUUUCAAAUGUACAGAUCUUUGGAUAAACUGUACUGAUUUUAUUUUUCCCAUUUCAAAACUAUCUUCUUGUUGUAGAACCGUAUAUACAUAUGGUUUAUAAAUUUCAUCUAUUCGCUAAACUUUAAUGUUGUUGUAAUAUUUUGCAAAACCAUCAUUUUCAUGGAGGUUUCCGUGUAGGAAAACGCUUUCGUUUUGAUCAUUUCCAAUAAUUUUGGUAUCGAAGUUGAACAUCGUUAAUUUCUUAGUUAAUCACAUAUAACUGCACUUUUUCAAUAUGAAUGCUUAAAAUCUGCUAGCUUUCGGGAAAAGCUGAGUUUGAAUCAGAUUUGGAACCUGUAGUGGGCACAGGGGUGUAUAUAUAGCGAAUGUUUCUGAAGAAACCUAGUGUUUAGUCAAGUGUUUUCUCAAACUUGAGCAGCCAACUAUCUCUUUUUGUUCUCGAUUCUUGCGUUAGAAUGUGAAACUUAGCCCUAGGGAAAUGUUUUUUUUUUUUCGUAUGUAGUUCAUAACUGAAUAUCCAAAUAUACAAGUUUUUUUUUUUCGUUAGUUCUGUAAGCAUACUAUGUUACAUAGGAUAUAAACUAGAUGAUAAGCGAUGAAGCACACACACAAGAGAGCGGCCAAGCCAACAAGCUAGGGGGAAAUGAUGUUGUCUGUACAAUAAGAGAUAAAGCAAAACAAUAAUGCAUUGUUUAGUUAUCCGGGAAACUGUCGAAGGAGCAGGACUUGUGGAUGGAGUGCGACAUGGUAAUGCAAAUGGUUAUUUGGCCCAUUCUACGACCAUGUGCAGCACUUCUUAUCGGUUUUUCUCAAGCUUUUCGAAGCGAAAACUCUGAGGCAGCUGGCAGCACUUUCCUUAUGUAUGUAUUAUAACGAAAUUAAUAUUUAACGUACUUCCCCUUUAUGGAUAAACCCCAUUUGUAGUACUCUAAUGCCUGUAUUUGUGAACAUUUACAACAAGCAAACAAGAAAUAAAAAACAAGUGUUUUUUUGUCUGUCAAGUAAACUUAAAUAUACAAAGGUAAUGAAGCGAACAAGGAAUAUCUUAUAUACACACAAAAACAUACUUAUAUACGAUUUACAUUUAUGAAAUAUACAUGUGCGUGUGUGCAACAUGAAUAUUUAGCUAAAAAUAAU